UAAUCAUUUCCAACAGUAUGGCCACUUGUUGUCAACUAGCUCUUAAAGGCAAAUAUGCAUUGUAUGUAUGCCAUCUCUUUGUGUCAGCAUUAUUUGUGUAACUUGGUGAAAGUCAAUGUUGAAAAAGAUUCGAAGGCAGAUACAUACAAUCAAAAGUAAAAUCCAGCCCUACCAGUUCGUCGAAUGUAUAACAAGGACAGCAAGUAGAACGUGGAGUUCACGAUACGAAAGUCUUGUGGAUCAGUGUGCGCGCACAUGUUACUAGCGUGUGACGUUCACAUGCUCUAACCUCCUUGCUGUUAUAAUCUUAUCAUUCUCUGUCGGAUAUCCAAAAAUAAGAAAAUAAAAGUGUCUUUAGAAUCUUCAAGAACUCUUUAAAAAAAUAAAGUGAGACUGUCAAUCGUAUGCAGUAACGCCAGUGGAGCAAAGGCAUAUCCUUUCAUUUGCAGUUACUUCUGAAAAUAUAUUUACAUUCCUGAAAACACGAAAGAUUCAUGAUGACGACUCGUGUUAGAAAAGCUUCGACCGAGGACAGCUUGGUGCUGAUUAGGCAGUCACUGAAGUCAGCGGAUAUGGAUCACCUGGAGGGAACCCAUUUCGAUGGAUCGUUUCCUCAUGUGUUCAUCACUCUUGGUGCUUCUGGUGAUCUGGCCAAGAAGAAAAUUUAUCCGACACUCUGGUGGCUGUUCAGGGAUAAUCUUCUACCGAAGACUACAACGUUUUUUGGUUAUGCUAGAAGUAAAAUGACUGUUGCUCAAUUGAGACAGAAAUGUGAUCCGUAUAUGAAUCUGAAACCUGGUCAGGAGAAUAAAUAUGAGGAGUUUUGGAAAUUGAAUCAUUACGUAGCUGGAAGCUAUGACAGCCGGAGAGAUUUUGAAUUACUUAAUCAAGAAUUAGAGCAAUUUGAGAAAGGAGUCUCAGCUCAUAGAUUAUUCUAUUUGGCAUUGCCACCUACAGUUUUUGAACCAGUUACUGUACAUAUCAGAAAUGCCUGUAUGGGUGAAAAAGGAUGGACCAGGAUAAUCAUUGAAAAACCAUUUGGCCGUGAUGACGUUAGUUCUCAAAAGCUUUCAGACCAUCUUGCUACCUUGUUUAAGGAAGAACAACUUUAUCGUAUUGAUCAUUACCUAGGGAAGGAGAUGGUUCAGAAUUUGAUGACUUUGAGAUUUGGAAAUAAAAUAUUUAGUCCUACUUGGAACAGAGAUAAUGUAGCUUCUAUUCAGAUUACUUUUAAGGAACCAUUUGGUACCCAGGGUAGAGGCGGAUAUUUUGACGAAUUUGGUAUCAUUAGGGAUGUCAUGCAAAAUCAUUUAUUGCAAAUUUUAUCGUUGGUUGCCAUGGAGAAACCCGCCUCUUGUCAUCCUGACGAUAUCAGGAAUGAAAAGGUCAAGGUUCUUAAAUCAAUGAAGGCAUUAGAACUUGAGGAUGUAGUCCUUGGUCAGUAUGUUGGUAACCCGGAAUCUGAUGAUCCUGAGGCGAGACUAGGGUACCUCGAUGAUCCAACAGUUCCAGCUGGCUCAAAUACACCAACGUUUGCCUUAGCCAUACUUAGAAUUAAUAAUGAGCGAUGGGAUGGUGUUCCAUUUAUUCUUCGAUGUGGUAAAGCACUUAACGAACGUAAGGCUGAGGUAAGAAUUCAGUAUCAAGAUGUAUCUGGUGAUAUUUUUGAUGGUAAGCCUAAGAGAAAUGAACUUGUAAUUAGAGUGCAACCUGGUGAAGCACUUUAUAUAAAGAUGAUGACAAAGUCACCUGGAAUCACCUUUGACAUGGAAGAGACUGAGCUUGACUUAACCUACCGUAGUAGAUACAAGGAUUUGAAACUACCUGAUGCAUAUGAAAGACUCAUUCUGGAUGUGUUCUGUGGAUCUCAAAUGCACUUUGUGAGAAACGAUGAGCUUUCAGAGGCAUGGAGAGUAUUCACUCCACUUCUGCAUCGCAUUGAGAAUGAAAAAAUUCAACCAAUUCCAUACCUAUAUGGUUCUCGAGGUCCUAAGGAAGCUGACGAGAUGGCUAAUAAUAACAACUUUAAAUACUAUGGCUCGUACAAAUGGGUAAAGCCUAACCAUCAUUAACAGGAUGUGACUCUAUCGUUAACAUAAUUUAUAAUGAACUACAGAGAAGGAACACGACUUUGCCUUACUAAUACUUUGUUACAUAACUGUGAUCAUAUUUAAUUUCGUAUAAUUUUGUUUCGGAAAACGUUUUUUAUUAUCAUUACAAUCACGUGUUGUUAAAAGAAGUACUUGCAAUUUUACCAGAACACUUUUCUAACAACUUUCCAAUUAAUAGUAAUGAAAUGCAUAAAUCUGCAUUGCCAUAUAAUGUUGAUAUUUAAAGUGCAUUUUCUAUCCAUGAAACGCUUGGAUAGUUGAUCUUAAUGGAGCACAAUGAUAUUUAUUCCUGAUAAGUGAUUACGAUGUUUGAUAAUCUUGCAAUAUUUUAAACACACGAAUACUUUAAUUCUACUGUACAAAGUGUAGUAUAAGUUAAAAAUUUACAUUCCAACAAUUAUUUGAAUACUUCUAUAUAUUCUUAAUUAAGUCCGAUUUAAUUACCAUUUAUAUAGAACAUGUUACUCUUUUUACACAAUGCGAUACUCAAUGUGUUUAUAUCAUUUUAUAGCCAAUUUGUUAUGAUGAAAGGAAACGAUUUUGUUAUCUGAGAUAUUUGAUAAGUAAUAAUUAUUAUCUAGUGCAGUUUAAUUUUUUAUUGAACAUUCCAUAGAUAUAUUUCGAGCCUUAAAUAAUUGAUACAAUAUUUUCAGUGUUAUGUUGACCAUUACACGCUAAUAUUAAUUGUUGUUCUUAUAAUUGUUGAAACUGAGAUAAAUUGUACAACAAAACGAAACAAUGAAGCAUGGUAUUUAGUUGACUUCAAAAAAUGAAAAAGCAGACAUAAAUUAUAUAUUAAAUUAUUGAAUAUAUUUUUGUAUACUUGCAAUCAAGCUAUUCUGCAUUAAAAUGUUUUAAACAUUUAAAAAUGAAAGUAUUUUGCAAUAAUACAUAUUGUAAUGAAAUAUACAUUUGGCAAAAUAAA